UGCAGUCCAUCACGCUGCAGCAGUAGCGUCUGGCCAAUUACGUGGGCCUCUUCCCUCCUCAGCAAUCCGCAAACCAACCACCGCAUCCUCCAUCGUGAAUCGUACAUCCUUCACAGUUUCCGGCCUCAGCCGUCAGUCGUACGAUGCUACCGACACCAUUGUCGGAUCAAGCAGGAGCUCUACCGCAUCCCCGGCUCUGGGGUUCUCACCACCUUUCUGCAUGCAUGCACGAGCUACGUCUUGUCACCCCCAAGGCCAGACGACAUCUAGUCAUCAGCAACUCCAAGCCUCCGCACUUGUGCGCCAGCUGUUUUUUUCUCUGCGUCAAGCCGAGGCUGCUCAUAGACUCCGUGCUGUAGACCGCUACUACGGCACUUCACUAAAGCAAUUAAAGCCCGAUCUCCACAUAUUUGCCCUUCAACGUCCACCCUUGAAUCGCCGCCCCUUUUGCAACAUCAUUGUUCCGACAUUCUUCGACCGUUUGACGAUCGGCCGUUCUACUCACUCCAAAUCGCUAGCAUUGACUUCCAAUACAAUAAGUUGCAUCACGGGCCGUCAAACGGACUCCUGGCGUACGUUGUUCAGGUGA